CAAGAUAGAUAGGAUCAUAAGAGAUUUCAGGCUUCGAAAAAAUGGAUUAUGUUAAUUCAAUGAUUCGAUCUGACCAAAUGGCAGAUGAGUUUGAACUCUUUCCCAUCCCUUGCCGACACACAAUCCAACAGGAUGAACUCUUUUUGAUCCCUUCUGAAGAUGCCAAUGAUCUCUCCAACUGGGGUGAUAAUAGGCAGCGCAAGCGUAAAGCAGCUAGAGCUUUUCUUGUCAACGAUGUCGAUGGGAAGCCCAUUGACAACAAAAAGAAGAAAAUCACACAUAGAGACAUUGAGCGACAAAGAAGGCAAGAAAUGGCUACCCUUUACGGGGCUCUUCGAUCACAGCUUCCUUUUGAAUAUCUCAAAGGGAAAAGAUCAAUAUCUGAUCACAUGCACGAGGCUGUGAAUUACAUCAAACAUCUGCAGAAAAAGAUCUUGAAGUUGAGUGGCAGGAGAGAUGAACUUAAAAGGUCAUCCAAUUCCUAUGCUUCAAGUUCUGUUCCGGAAAGCUUACAAGAUAGUUCCGAGCACAGUGUAAAGAUUAGACCUUGUUUAGCAGGAGUGGAGGUUGUCAUGAGCACUUGCUUGAGACAAGGGCUUAAUCUUUCAAGUGUGCUUGAAGUCAUACUUGCAGAAGGUCUAAGUGUUGUUACAUGCAUAUCAACUAAAGUAAAUGAAAGGUUAAUGCACACUAUUGUCUCUGAGGUGAAUGAUGGAAGAAACAUAGAGCCGUCUGAGCUGCAACAGAAAUUAACAAUGUUAGCAACUUCCUCAUCUGAGUUACAUCUCGGUAUGCUGGCCAAGUAAAUGCUUGAAGCAAUUUUUUUCCUGUGCUAUUAAAGAUUUGAUUCUUGCAGGGUUUCCUACCAUCAACCUUCCAAGGUUGGUGUCUUUCAUGUCAGGUAAAGUCUUCUAAGGCUAAAGACUUGAUAUGGCGUACUGGUAAUGA